AUGGCGGUCAGGGUCGCAGAUGACGAGAUCGCCCAUACGCCUACGAAGAAAGGUCGUCUGGGAAUGAUGGUUGAUAGAUUUCAACAGAAGGUUACAAAGUCCAAAUCCAAGAGAAAUUCCAAGAAUAAGACAAAAAGCAAGAAACAGAGCAAGAAAAAGUCCCAAGGCAGAGUAUGGGAUCCCGAGAAGUCAUAUGUAGAAACUAUAACCCCGCCGAAAUUCGAACCAAAGGGCCCUAGAAUGAGAUGGCAGGUUACAGGGGAGCCUAUUUUGGAUCCCAGCAAGAUUCCUGAAGGUUGGAAUGACGAGGAGCCUGACCUCGACCCUGAGUGA